CGUAUGUCAUAAUACGUCUUGUAGUGGAGAUGAUAUUUUGGAAAGAAUCAUUAAAUUGUAUGUAUCGAAGAUAACGCCUUAUUAUUACAAUCGUGAUGAAUGAAUCGGUAUUGUGAGAUACCCAAGAUAUUGACAGGUUUGAAAACAAAUUGAGAGUUAGAUUCAGUGGAACCAAAAUAAACUACACCUUACAACUGUUGCAUCAUUUUAGGGCUAGUCAGUGAUGCUUAGGGCUUAGCUAAAGUGAUAGAACCUUUGCUGGUGUCACUAACGUCACUUUCCAAUGAUUCGGUGUGUAGUAACAGUUGAAGUGUUGAACUGCGUAGUAUUCAAGGUCACGGUUGAUCGCAAUGAGGACGUGAUGUCGCUGCUAAGUUAAGUUAAUCGUGUAGGUAAGCCGUGACCGAUAAUAUAUAUACAUUGGAGCAUCGUAUAUACGAUCACAUACUUUUACACCAAGUCCUAUUAUAUUAUAACUGGUUAUCAUAACAUUCUUCUUGUUCCUUUUAAUAGUCCUAUUAUAUUAUAACUGGUUAUCAUAACAUUCUUCUUGUUCCUUUUAAUAGCCCUAUUAUAUUAUAACUGGUUAUCAUAACAUUCUUCUUGUUCCUUUUAAUAGCCCUAUUAUAUUAUAACUGGUCAUCAUAACAUUCUUCUUGUUCCUUUUAAUAGCCCUAUUCUAUUAUAACUGGUCAUCAUAACAUUCUUCUUGUUCCUUUUAAUAGCCCUAUUAUAUUAUAACUGGUCAUCAUCACAUUCUUCUUGUUCCUUUUAAUAGCCCGAUUAUAUAAUAACUGUUUAUCAUAACAUUCUUCUUGUUCCUUUUAAUAGCCCUAUUACAUUAUAACUGUUUAUCAUAACAUUCGUCUUGUUCCUUUUAAUAGCCCUAUUAUAUUAUAACUGGUCAUCAUAACAUUCUUGUUCCUUUUAACAACCUUUAUCAUAGUAUCAUACCAUGAUGAAUUGUCGCAGUGGGUAACAUCUACAUGUGUAUCUUGCCAAGCGGUUUGGUGACCAUCAGUUCGAGGCCUGGUCACGGUACCAGUCAGAAAGUGUUAUCCUUCGUCAUUUGUGUUUCUAUCGUUUAAUGUUUUGCAUUGUAAACGUCCCAUCAACAGCUAUUGCUAUUCAGGGACGCACGUGUGUGGGUGAGCGUGGUGUGUGUGUGUGGGUGAGCGUGGUGUGUAUGUGUGUGCGUCAUAAAAGGCUGUGGACCUGUCUCUUUAAAAUCUCUCUAAUGCUGUCGGUUAUCCGUACUGAUCAAUCUCGUUUAAUUUACGCAGUACCUUUUAUUUAUACUAAGUAGCUCUAUUCGUUAAUACAUAUUUGGUUAUAUGGUUAAUACGGAUAUGCUAAUCAAUAACAGAUUAUUUUCUUUUUUAUUUCUAUCUAUGAUAUCUAUGCCUACGAUCUCCAUGACUUGAAGGAAUCGUUGUGAGCAUCAUGGAUCGUGGGUUCGAAUCGUGAUCUUGGGAAACAUAGUGACAUUAAUAUGAUUGUUAAAAAUAUUUGACCCUUAGAAGUUUUGAUUUCAGAUUCAUUAUCUAUCGUUCUCUAGCUUAAACUUAUUGAUAAAUUACAUCUGUUUCAAUGCAUCGAAAUAAGGCCGAAGGGGGUAACGCUAAGAAAGCUUUUCAGUUCGUGGGUGGACGCAUGCAGAGGAUCGUCAUUUUUCGCGACGGAUAAUUUUUUAAUGUUUAUUUUGUUUUCAUUUUCUGUUUGCAUUAAAACCUCGACAUUUUAAAUUUGAAGUAAUUAUAGGCAUUAUGCAGUAUUUGUCCUAGCUGAUCUUCACCAUAUUUUUUUGUUCUUUAUGUAAAUCUCUCACAGAUUACACUGCCAUGAGAUUACGUGUAUGCAAAGGAUAUUAUAAUGUUGGUCUCUUUCAUAGGUAGGAAUAGUCAAAAGUUCGUAAAUUCUUGGCUUCAUUACAACAAUUUUUGACGUUAUAAAAUUAUUUUAUUUGUAGGUCUUAAAUAUGCAUACAUAUAUGGACUAAAUAUGUCAUUUAUGUCAAAAUGAUAACAUUUUAUUACACCAUGUCGGAGGUAAAGCAUUUUAACAAGAUAAAAACACUUACAUAUCUUCUUUUGAAUAUAAUGGGAGUUACGAUUACUUCAAUGACAAAAGGUGUUUCCUCGGUUAUAACAUAAGUUAGACAGCAACAUAGCAUUGAGUUAUCUUGUCGGAUACAGCUUUGCAGCUACAGUAUCAACAUGGAUGUUUGUGUUACUAUUUCUGUAUAUUAAAAACCGCGCCAAGCGUAUCUAUGUCGAGAGACCUACAAAAUUAUCUUCUAUGUUUUCUUUAAAAAAUAGAUUGAAAUGUGACUUUACUAAUCGUUGUACGACUAACAGUAUAAUGUGUAUGUGUACUUAUUUCAGCUCUAGUGUCAGAUGAAUGGAAAUGGCAGGUUUUAUAACACUAAACAAUGGACGCCGAAUCCCUCAAGUAGCCCUAGGGACAUCACGGAUUUCUUCUGAAAAGCUAGAAGUGACCAUAAAGCGAGCACUAGACAUGGGGUACCGCCACAUAGACACAGCGUUUUUAUAUGGAAACGAGGCAGCCAUUGGUAAAGCACUUCAUGAACAUAUGGCAUCUACGAACCUUAGUCGACAGGAAAUAUUCGUCACCACAAAAUUAUUCCCAACUUAUAUGAAGGGAAGUGCUGUAGGACUGGCCCUAGACGAAAGCCUCAGGAGACUUAGACUUGACUAUGUUGACCUCUUUCUUAUUCAUCUCCCGUGUGCAAUGAAGGAAAUUGAAACUUACCCUUCGAAACCUACACAGCCUACAGAAAUGAUGUCCGUGGAUUUAAGGGAAACAUGGAAGGCUAUGGAAGAAACAGUAUACAAGGGUAAGGUGCGUUCGAUUGGCGUGUCGAGCUUCAACUCCAAACAAUUAGCCUACAUCUGUGAGACUGCCCGAAUACAACCCGCCAUCAACCAGGUGGAGGCACAUGCCAGAUUACCCCAGAAGAAUCUCCACGAGUUUUGUAAAUCCAGGAAUAUCCUACUGGAAGCGUUCUGCCCUCUAGGGUCACCAUUCUUUAUAGGACCGACAGAAAGAAAUACGGUUCAAUCAAGGGAUAAUUUGGUGGAAAAUCCUAUUAUCAUGGAUAUUGCCGAGAAUUAUAAACGCACAGCAGGGCAGAUUCUACUUCGGAACCUUGUACAGAGAGGUAUUGCUGUUAUUCCGAAAUCCGAAAACCCGAAGAGGAUGAAGGAAAACUUACAGAUUUUCGACUUUUCUUUGAGUGAAACGGACAUGAACAAGAUAGAUGAACUUAACAACGGAGAACGCCGAUUUAUCCUUACUUGGUACAAGGAUCAUCCAGAAUAUCCUUUUCACGAAGACUUUUGAAACCAACUCUCCAAAGAAACAUGAAAUGUGUUUUGAAUCAGUAUCAAGACGUUUCGGGUUUCCUUCCAGGAAGAAAGUGCAUGGACAAUAUACAGAUAUAUGAAUUGUUUCGCCUAUUGUUUAACAACUAUGAUAUAACGCAACUAUAGUCGGGUAGUACGAAUGGACCCAACAAAUGUAUCUCUGCUUCUAUGCUUUUACGUCUUUAUUCAUCUAUGUCUCUGUAUCUAUGCCUCUAUGCUUCUGUGCCAUUUUUUCUUUAAGAUAUACGUCAGCAGUCAUCUCCUAUUAUAGCGGUGUGGACCUUUUGUUGAUGUUUUUGUUUAAAUUCGUGACCUGUUAUGGUCUGUGUGAAAAAUAAAAUCAAAGACACAAAUGUAUAUAAAAUGUUUCGAAAAAAUA